AUGGCUACCGCAGCACUAUCCAUACCAGCAACGCAAAAGGGCGUUCUUGUUUCCAAACAUGGAGGGCCCGAGGUUCUCGAAUACAGAACAGACCUUCCCGUCCCCACCCCAAAGGAAGGGGAGGUACUUAUAAAAAACAACCUCUCGGGCGUGAACUACAUCGACACCUAUUUCCGCACAGGUCUUUACACAGCUCCCAAACCAGAGAUUCUAGGCCGCGAAGCAGUUGGCACCAUCGUUGCCGUCGGCCCUGGCGCUAACCCGAAAAAUUUCACUGUCGGUGAGCGCGUGGCAUGGAUGAAUACUGGCGGCUAUGCGGAGUACACGGCCGUCCCCGCUGAGGCAAACGUGGCGCGCGUCCCUGCAGGUUUAUCAGAUGAGGAUGCCGUCGCGGGAUUCCUAAGUGGGCUUACGACGCUCACAUUCGUCCGAGAAGCGUAUCCGGUUAAGCAGGGGGAUUGGAUUCUGAUCCACGCUGCGGCGGGUGGGGCGGGGUUUCUGAUGACGCAGUUGGUCAAGAUGACUGGUGCGAAAGUAAUUGCGACGGCUGGGUCUCCGGCGAAGGUGGAGUUAGUGAAGGGUCUUGGGGCGGACGUGGUUAUUGAUUAUAGGAGUGCGGAGGGCGCAAAUUGGGAGGAGAAGGUGAUGGAUGUGACUGGCGGAGAGGGGGUGGAUGCUGUAUUCGAUUCUGUAGGGAAGGAUACAUGGGAGGGAAGUUUGAAUGUUUGUAAGAGGAAAGGGACAGUGGUUUAUUUCGGAAAUUCCAGCGGGCCCGUACCGCCAUUGCAGAUCCGGCUUCUGUCGUCGAAGAACAUCAAAGUGCUCCGGCCUACAGUUUUCCCAUAUAUCCACACGCAAGUUGAAUUUGACCAUUACACCGAAGAGCUGUUUGGCCUACUGAAGGCUGGCCAACUGAAAGUUAGGAUCCACAAGGUCUAUCCCUUGGAAGAAAUUGCGCAGGCUCACAUCGACCUCGAGAGUAGACAGACUACUGGGAAGCUCCUCCUCAAGCCAUGA